CAUUCAACCUCUUAUUUCUUGAAGUUUCAGCUCUCGUGCCUCUAAGCCGCCCUCCAUCGGCGACUCGCCGCGCAAGCUCUCUACGAGUCAUCCUCCUACUGUCAGGGCUGCCCUGCUCAGAGAGCAAACAAAAGCCCAGACUUCGUCGCCGGCGCUCUCUCCCUCUCUUUCUCACGAACAUGUUGACGGCAAAAUCCCUAAUAAAACACUACCCACCUCUCUCAUGCUCUUCAAAAACCCGAACGCAAACCCAAACCCCCAAGAAACCCAACUUCGCAGUCCCGAUUCUCCACUCUCCCUCUCCCAAAGCACGCUCCCUCUCAAUCACAAACUCGGCACAAGAUGACGCGGGCACCGCCGGUCAGUUCCGAGUCGAUAUUCUAUCGGAAUCGCUGCCAUUCAUACAGAAAUUCCGGGGAAAGACGAUCGUGGUCAAGUACGGGGGCGCAGCCAUGAAGUCACAGGAGCUCCAGGCCUCCGUCGUCAACGACCUAGUCCUCCUCGCCUGCGUUGGCCUUCGGCCCGUCCUCGUACACGGCGGCGGACCCGAGAUCAACCAAUGGUUGAAGCGCGUCAACAUCCCUCCAGUCUUCCACGAGGGUCUCCGCGUCACCGACUCCCAAACCAUGGAGAUCGUCUCCAUGGUGCUUGUCGGGAAAGUGAACAAACACCUGGUGUCCCUGAUCAAUAGGGCAGGCGCCACCGCCGUCGGGCUCUCUGGCAUGGACGGCCAGCUCCUGACAGCCCGGCCCAGCCCCAAGUCCCAGCAACUAGGGUUUGUCGGCGAGGUCGCCCGCGUGGACCCCACCGUCCUGCGUCCGCUCAUCGAUAACGGACACAUUCCGGUCGUGACGUCUGUGGCGGCAGACGAGUCGGGUCAGCCGUACAACAUCAACGCGGACACGGUGGCGGGGGAGCUGGCGGCGGCGUUGGGGGCCGAGAAGCUGAUCCUGCUAACGGACGUGGCGGGGAUCUUGGAGGACAGGGAGGAUCCGGAUAGUUUGGUGAAGAAAAUAAGCAUUAACGGGGUGAAGAGGAUGGUGGAGGAAGGGAAGGUCGGGGGUGGGAUGAUUCCCAAGGUCCAUUGCUGCGUGCGAUCGCUGGCGCAAGGCGUUAGGACUGCGAGUAUUAUUGAUGGGAGGGUGCCGCACUCGUUGCUCUUGGAGAUCAUGACCGAUAAAGGGGCUGGAACGAUGAUUACUGAGUGAACAAAAAUGUGUGAUAAACGUUCUGUUAUGGAAGUUUUAAUAAAGAGGCUUUGAAACUUGUCUUAA